AAGUUCCGGUUUAGAAUAAACAAAAAUGGCGUCGAGUUUUACCGCUUCUCCGCGAUCAUUUGACCAGGAAUUAGACGAGAAUGACAGCUUUGAUUACGACGAUGACAAAGAUCUGUAUGACCAAAUGACUGAUGAAGAUACUGAAGACGCCAGUGAGACAGAUAUGGUGAAACGGGAAGAAGAAUACACUGAAAUCAAGGAACAGAUGUACCAGGAUAAGCUGGCGCAGUUAAAGAAGCAACUCCAACAGUUAAAAGAAGGGACACUGCCAGAAUACAUGAAACGACUCAAGAAGAUUGAUCAACAAUACAAGGAAAGACUACGCAUGGCAGAUAUAUGGAGAGACUAUGAGAUAACCAUGGUGGAAAAUGACUAUCUGUGUGAAAAAAGAUAUUCUGCCAAAGAGUUUGAAGAAAAGAAAAUAGACCUGAAAGAGAAUCUCAUAAUUGAAUUAGAGGAAAAGAAGAAAAACAUGGAAGCAGAUAGGGCAGCUUUGGAACUCACAGGAGAUCCAAUGGAGGUGAAACCUGUAAUGACAAGAAAGUUGAGACGUCGUCCUAAUGAUCCCAUGCCAAUGCCAGAGAAACGGAGAAAACAAUCACCAACUCAGCUAAAUUAUGAACUAGAUGACCAUGAGAUUAUGGAAGAUUUGCGAAUAAUCAGUAAAAUAAGUGGGAAACCACUCAACCGUAAACCUCACAUACCCCCUCUUUCGGGUAUUGAUACACCUAAUUACGAUGCUCGCAUAGAAGAUGGAAGGUUAUAUUAUGAAAAAAGAUGGUUCCAUCGAGGCCAGCCGGUAUAUAUAGAAGGCAAAGAUAUUGGGAAGGUGAACGCGGUCAUAAGUGCAGUAGGAACUCAAGAUGUAUGGGUAAGAAAGUUACAUGACAAUAGUAAAAUAAAAAUAUCAGUAGCCCAAUUACAAAAAGGACGUUAUACUUUACGAAGAAGGUCAACUUAGCAGAAUGAGGACACAACGCCCUAAUAUGGGUAAAAUGUCCAAAUAUGGGAUUCAACAAAUCAAAGAAUCAUUUGUUAAAAUCAGUUGGACUGUAUUGUUAUUUGGUGGUUAGUCGUACCAUAUAAGGAUACAAUGCCCAAAUAUGGCAUUUAACCACGCCCAGAACCAUUGAAGAAGAUAUGAUUAGACAAUAUGACCAAAUAUAGAGCCACCACAUGAGAACGAUUAGUAGAAUCAUCAAAUGCAUCUUCUCAAUGAAACCACAAUCAAAUGGAAUAUACAAUUUGUCAAUCAUCAUUCAUUUAUUUAUUUUUAUAAAUUAAAUGAAAUAAUAUUGAGAAUAAAUAACAUCUCAGUAUAAAAAUAAAA